CCUUCCUCUUCUUCUACAGGGGAGUUUGUGUCUUUGGCUGAGAGAGAAGAUGCCCUGCUCAGGGACCUUUUUCAGGGAUACCAGCGCUGGGUUAGACCCAUCCAGCAUGCCAACCGCACAGUUACUGUCCGCUUUGGCCUCAAGAUCUCACAGCUGGUGGAUGUGGAUGAGAAGAAUCAGCUCAUGACCACCAAUGUGUGGCUAUGGCAGCAAUGGAUAGAUUAUAAACUGCGCUGGGACCCAGAGGAUUACGGCGGCAUCACUUCCAUCAGAGUUCCAUCUGAGAGCAUCUGGCUGCCAGACAUUGUGUUGUAUGAGAAUGCUGAUGGACGCUUUGAAGGUUCCCUCAUGACUAAAGCCAUCGUAAAAUACAAUGGUGUCAUCACCUGGACCCCUCCUGCCAGCUACAAGUCGGCCUGUACUAUGGAUGUCACGUUCUUCCCAUUUGACCGACAGAACUGCUCCAUGAAAUUUGGCUCCUGGACGUACGACGGGAACAUGGUGGACCUCCUGCUUAUUAACCAUCAUGUGGACCGGAGUGACUUCUUUGAUAACGGCGAGUGGGAGAUUCUCAACGCGACAGGCAUGAAGGGGAGUCGCCGUGAUGGCCACCUCUCUUACCCGUUCAUUACAUACUCCUUCAUCCUGAAACGUCUCCCUCUUUUCUAUACACUCUUUCUCAUAAUCCCAUGCCUCGGUCUGUCCUUCCUCACUGUGCUUGUGUUUUACCUCCCUUCUGAUGAAGGAGAGAAACUCUCACUCUCCACGUCAGUCCUUGUCUCACUCACUGUCUUCCUCCUCGUCAUUGAGGAGAUCAUCCCCUCAUCAUCCAAGGUCAUUCCACUGAUUGGGGAGUACCUGCUUUUCAUUAUGAUUUUUGUCACACUGUCCAUUAUCGUAACAGUGUUUGUGAUCAAUGUGCACCACCGCUCCUCAGCUACCUACCACCCCAUGUCCCCCUGGGUCCGUUCACUGUUCCUCCAGCGUCUGCCACAUCUGCUUUGCAUGAGGGGGCACACAGAUCGUUACCAUUACCCUGAGCUGGAGUCACACAGUCCUGAGCUGAAGCCCCGGGGUCGUAAGGGAACAGCAAACCCUGAAGGAAGAGACGGGGACGAUGACUGGGUCACCAUGCUGGAGAGAGCCACCUUUUCUGUCCGCUACAUUUCUCGCCACAUAAGGAAGGAACACUUCAUCAGAGAGGUGGUGCAGGACUGGAAGUUUGUGGCGCAGGUACUGGAUCGUAUCUUCCUCUGGGCCUUCCUCACUGUAUCUGUGCUGGGUACCAUCCUCAUCUUCACCCCUGCACUGAAGAUGUUCCUGCAUACUCCACCUCCAUCAUAA